AUGACGAUCGAGCAGCACCCGCAGUACAACUACGCCUACGACGUGAAGGACGACUACACCGGCAACGACUACCGCCACGUGGAAUACCGCGACGGCUACGACACCAAGGGCGAGUACAAGACCCUCCUGCCCGACGGCCGCUACCAGACCGUCACCUACACCGCUGACGAGAACGGGUUCAACGCCUACGUCAACUACGAAGGCGAGGCCCGCUACGACUCCUACAAGCCUGCUGCUGCCACCUACGACGCCUACAAGCCCGCUGCCAGCUACGCACCCAAGCCCGCCUACGCCCCGGCCCCGGCCUACAAGCCCGCCUAUGCCCCGAAACCCGCCUACAAGCCCGUGUCCUACGCGCCGAAACCCGCGUACGAACCCGAGUACCCCGAACAUCACAAGCCCGCCUACGUCCCGGCGCCGUCGUACCACAAACCCGUGUAUGCACCAGCCCCGAGAUACGCAUACCCGGCCCCGGCUUACUGA